AAAAAAAAUUAAAAUUCAAAAACAUUAAGCAAAAAAGUCAGUCGUGACUAAAAUAUUGAAAAAGGCGAAUCAAUGUUGACUUCAUUUCUUGGCAAUUUGUAUGGUCCGGUUGACGUUGGACAAAUUUUUGUGAUUUCUGGUAAAUCCGUUGAUGGCGCUAGUAUUCUAGAAGUGGAUUUAGCAGCAAAUAAAUAUGAUCCAACAGAUGUUCCUUUACAUUUGUCUGUGCAAUUUCAUAGUGAGACAAUUGAAAGGAAUUCAUUGGUCGAUGGUGCUUGGGGUGAAGGAGAGACUGUAGAAAAUGCAAUCUCACCAACAAAUCCAAUCAUACCUGGAUGGGACUUUAGAUUAUUGAUAUUAACUGGUGAUGAGAUGUUCCAUAUAUCAAUCAAUGAUCAGCCAUUCUGUACUUACAAUUAUCGAUUGCCAAUUGAACUAAUCAAUGCAAUAUCAAUAACUGGAGAUGUCCAGAGAAUUUUCCAAGUCGAUCAUCGACGAGCUUUCCCGUCACCAUGGCCAUUGCUUCAUGAGGAAGUUACACGAAAUUCUGGAAACUCAUUUGACACGCCCAAAAAAUUCUAUGUUGGACAUGUUUUUGUUAUCAGUGGAAUUCCAAGUGGAAAUCCAAACGGUACUUUCGUAUUGCACUUAAAUCAAGGAGCAUCCUCAAGACAAAUGCUUCAUAUUAGUGUCAGAUUCAAUCAACGGAAUGUCAUUGUCAAUUCACAGACUGAUUCAUUGGACAAAAAUAAUUUUAGAUGGCGCAAAGAUGAGGAGAAAUACGGAUUUCCAUUCGCACUGGAUCAAAUGUUCAAGCUUGCUGUAGCUAUAACAGAAAAUGCCUUUGUCGUAGCUGUUGAUGGAAAUAUUUUCUUCACAUACAACUAUCGAGUACACAAUCAAUUCUUGGACUCAUUGUCAGGACUUAAAUUGAAUAAUUUUAAUGGACUGCAACUGGAAAUUCAAGGCGUGGAUCAUUUUAAUACAGGAACAACUAAUUGUGAGGGAUUUGAGGCUUACACUCAUCCUGAUGCUCUUUUGGAUUAGAUUUUGUGAGUGAAUUGAGUUUAAAUUGUGCAAUAAUUAUGAACAAAAUGAAAUGUGACAAGCUAUCUAGUUCCUUUAAAUAAAUUAUGUAUCCUUAA